UUUACGAAUACAGCUUCAAUGUCAUAAAAAAGAAAUUGGAUGGCCGUAAAUUCACAGCGUUGUGUUAAAAAAAGUACGGAAAAAUCAAUAGCCGAAUUAAGUGGAGUUUUCCGAUAAAAUAGCUGAAGAAAACGGGCGAAAAUUGGCUAGUGGCACUUUGGGAGCGUUAUUCCGCAAAAACUAGAGAUAAUCCACGCUCCACCACACACAAAGCACACACUUCCGCCUUCCGGGGACAUGGAAGUGGAAAAUUUCGAUGAUGGCACGUCGUACAUGAAAGCCUUGGAAGCGGCCUUGGACAUGACGGCCUUUAAUGCGUACGCCCACAAAGUCCUUAAUGGGCCCGUGGUGUGCGACGACGACGAUUCGAGCUCGAGUAACGGCGACAGCAGCAGCAACGACGACGAUGCCGAAUCCGAUUCGGAGGACAGCGAAGAAGCGCGUGCCGACAAACUGAAGCGCAAACAACUGAUAUACAAUUUUUCGUCGAUCGGACCGGAUCGACAAUGGCUCAAAACGAUGCUCAUGAGUGACACGAGCAGCAGUUCUGACGAAAUCUCCGACGAGGAUGACUACAUCAAAGACAUGCUCAAAAAUCACAUUCGCGAAAAGCGAAUUCGCGAACGAUACCAUCAAAAUCCCAGGAGAGCCCAAUACGGCUAUUACAGCUCUUCGGUGCUUUCAAAGAAAGAUUUUUACGAGCAACAUCGACAAACGAUCCUGGAGGCGCAUCGUCGUGGUCCGAAGAAACGAGGACCAAAGCCAGGAACGGUAAAAGCGAAAAACGCGAAAAAAGAGCGAAAGAUCAAGAAUGAAGCUGAUGACCAGUUAUCCGACAUUAUGGACCCGAUUGACUGGGAAGAGCAUUUAAAUGACAUGGCAAACAUGGACGGCGGCGACGUUUAUGGCUCGAAAUCCACAAGUCCCUUGCCAGGAAGCACACCGAAGCCAGGAAUGCGUGGGCGACGCAAAUCGAGUUUCCUCAAGACGCCCGAAGCGAUGGCAGCUAGACGUCGUAAAAUCUGGCAGAUAAUGGCCAAAAAGGAAAUUGGCAAGGUACAACGUGCAAAAGUCAACAAUCACAAAGAACUCGUGACGGGAGCGAAACGAGUGGCGACACUUUGCAUGAAAGCCAUGCGACAAAAGGCGAUGCAAUCGCAGAAAGUUAUGAAAGAGACAAUGUGGCGAGCGAAGCGAUUAACGCGUGAAAUGCAAACGUACUGGAAACGCUACGAUCGAGUGGAACGUGAAACGAAACGUCGCAUGGAGAAAGAAGCAGAAGAACAACGAAAAAUGGAUGUUGAGCUUAUUGAGGCGAAACGCCAACAGCGAAAACUUAAUUUCCUCAUCACGCAAACGGAGUUGUAUGCGCAUUUCAUGUCUAAAAAGUUGGGAUCGGGCUCGCAAGAAGAACAAUUACGAAUUUUGAGUCAACUGGAUGAGGAAGCGAAUCCCAGACUCGCAACAAUUGACGAUUACGACUCGGAAACCAUGAAAAUCAAGGCACAAAAGAACGCCUCAGACGCGUAUCUCACGGAACGAGCGAGAACCAAACUCUUUGAUAGCGUCGUCUCGAAUCCGCAAAGUGUUCCGAGCAUUCCAGUGAUGAAAACUGACGAAGAAGGACGCAUUGUUGAGUUGCCCCAACCUUCGAUGUUCCGUGGAAAGCUCAAAGGUUACCAAAUCAAGGGUAUGACAUGGCUCGCAAACUUGUACGAUCAAGGCAUCAGCGGAAUUCUCGCCGACGAAAUGGGUUUGGGCAAAACGGUUCAGUCGAUUUCCCUGCUGUGUCACAUUGCCGAAAACUUUGGCGUGUGGGGACCUUUUCUCAUUAUCUCGCCGGCAUCUACGCUGCACAACUGGCAACAGGAAAUGGAACGAUUUGUGCCAAAUUUUCGCGUUGUUCCUUACUGGGGCUCGCCCAAUGAACGCAAAAUCCUACGUCAAUUCUGGGAACAGAAAGAUCUCCAUACAAAAGAUGCGAGUUUUCACGUCGUAAUUACCUCAUAUCAGUUGGUUGUGUCUGACUACAAAUAUUUCAACCGAAUAAAGUGGCAGUACAUGGUGUUGGAUGAGGCUCAGGCAAUCAAAAGCUCCUCAUCCGUUCGAUGGAAGCUGCUUCUCGGUUUUAAUUGUCGCAAUCGACUGCUUCUCAGUGGCACACCCAUUCAAAAUAGCAUGGCAGAGCUGUGGGCAUUGCUGCAUUUCAUCAUGCCGACACUUUUCGACUCGCACGAGGAAUUUAACGAAUGGUUCUCCAAAGACAUCGAAUCUCAUGCCGAAAACAAGACUGGAAUCGAUGAGAAGCAAAUUUCGCGGUUGCACAUGAUUCUGAAGCCGUUCAUGUUGCGUCGCAUCAAAAAAGAUGUGGAAAACGAAUUAUCCGACAAAAUUGAGAUUAUGGUUUAUUGUCCGUUGACGACGCGUCAAAAGUUGCUGUACAUGGCGUUAAAAAAGAAAAUCCGCAUAGAAGAUCUUUUGCAGUACAGCAGGGGUUCCAGUGAUGGGCAUCACGACAAAACCGUCACCUCUAACUUGAUGAAUCUCGUGAUGCAAUUUCGUAAGGUGUGCAACCAUCCCGAACUCUUUGAACGACGUGACUCGAAAAGUCCGCUCGUUAUGAAAGUCGCUGAAUAUCUCAUGCCACGUUUGGUCUUCAACGAAGCCUUCUUCGAACGGGCAAUUCCGAGCAAAAAGCAUUUAUUGUACAACAAAUUUAGUAUUUUCAAAGCCGAGAACGUGCAUCGUGCGAUUUUUCCACGACACAAAAGCGAUAAAAGUGUCAAAUAUUGUCGUUAUGUCGACUUAAAUUACGACAACGCAUUCAGUUUUGUUGGCAUUAUCGAACUGACACCUGGGGAAAUUGAGAAACUCACACUCGGGGGACUCAUUUACUACUUUAACAAUUGCGCGACAUUGCGGGCACGUCAAAAAUUGCUCGCAUAUCGCAGUAAAUGGUGGUGCGGUAACAAAGUAAACUUGCUGGAAGCAUCGUACGCAGCUCCGCUAGCAAAUGUCGAUUCGGACAACAUUUUGCAUGAACUGCUCUUCACUGCCUACUCAACGAAAGAUAGUACAAUUUAUACACACUCCACCCACAUGUUCCAUUCCAUGCCCGAGUCGAUGGAGCAUCGUAUCAUGCGAAGUAGACACCAGCCUGUAAAAGCAGAAACAACAAUCAAAACGGAAGAACCACCAAUUCACGACACGCGAUUGCGUUCGCCGAUGAAGUCCCCGACGAAAUCGCCGCUGAAUCAACAAUUGACAAUCAAGUCACCCACAAAGACCCCAAUUUCGGGUCCAAAAAGUCCUAACAGUGCUCAUGUUGCUCUUUUACCCGAAUUUCCGCAUCGCUUUAGACCGCCUGCUCUCAUCCACACUUACAAGACUGAAAUGCCUCCGUUCGUGUACAACUUGCUGCCGCGCAUUCAGACACGAGUUCGUCGUAUGUACUGUGAGAGCAGAGAAGCAGCGUGGUUGGCAAUUCGCACGGAUCAAGCCGACAAUCCUGAUGGUCAAUCAUUGAUGACACAAGCUAUUGACGCCUCCAAACCGCAAAAGGGAUGGUCAAAUGUCUCGAUUCCCGAUAAACAAACACUUGUCUCGGAUGCGGGAAAACUCGCCGUUCUGGAUUCGCUGCUAACGAGAUUAAAAGCCGAAAAUCAUCGUGUCUUGAUCUACAGCCAAAUGACAAAAAUGAUCGAUUUGCUGGAAGAGUACAUGUGGCAUCGCAAACAUCGUUACAUGCGAUUAGACGGUUCGAGUAAGAUUUCGGCGAGACGUGAUAUGGUCGCCGAUUUCCAGACACGACAAGAUAUUUUCGUGUUUUUGCUGUCGACGAGAGCCGGUGGCUUGGGAAUUAAUUUAACAGCUGCUGAUACCGUUAUUUUCUACGAUUCUGAUUGGAAUCCCACUGUCGAUCAACAAGCCAUGGAUCGUGCGCAUCGCUUGGGACAAACGAAACAAGUGACAGUUUAUCGUCUAAUUUGCAAGGGAACGAUCGAAGAACGCAUUUUACAAAGAGCCCGUGAGAAAAGUGAGAUUCAAAGGAUGGUUAUAAGCGGCGGAAAUUUCAAACCAGACACACUGAAGCCGAAAGAAGUUGUGUCGCUGCUGCUGGAUGACGAAGAAAUUGAAACGAAGUACAAACAAAAGACUGAAGAACGAAAGAGCACGGAGGAAAACGUCAAAUCCGACAAGGAACGCGAAAAGAAACGCAAACAAAACUCGCAGCUAAACAAAGAUCAAAAACGCCCACGAACUGAUGGCUUGCUCGACGCUGAAGAUCUUGCAUUUUUAAUGGAUUCGGGGCCACCGAGUCCCGUGUUAAGCGAAAAUGGCAAUGGCAACACUCUAAAUCUCACGACAGAUAAUAAUGGCGCCGCUGACGAUUCCAGUAACGAAGCACUUGUUGUCGAUUGUGAUCGUUCGGGCUCAACGACACCCGUUUCCUUCCUCGACGGGCACAAAAAGCCACGACGUCGACAUCAUCCACGUGGUACAAAACGCGGCAGACCGCGAGGCACAAAGCGCGGCGGAUGCAUUGCCGGUGGCAUGGGAAGACCAAUUGACCCGAAUGCUCCACUCACAUCGCAAAUUACGGGUCUUCCGAUUCCCCCACCGAUCAAACGAGGGCCUGGAAGGCCGCGAACGAAACCACCAACGCCUAAAAACCAGGGACACCGAGGACCGGGAGCGCCUCGAGGACCGCGAAAACAAAAACCUUUGGCUGUUCCGCUGGGACAGAGCCCGAUAGCGACACCGUUGCAACAAAGUCCUGCCGUUAGUCGACCAACGAGUCCCGGGAGUGCAGAGAAACCGCCACUUUCAUUUUACUAAUUACGACUUUUUAAUUUAAUUGAUAAAUAAAACUUUGUUCGUACA